GGCGCCCCUGCAGCGUCCUUCGAGGCCGCCGCCGCCGCCAUUGGAUACAAUGAGGGCGUAUAGAGCGUGUCUCAACUGCAGGAAUCGCAAGAGCAGGUGUGACUUGGACAUCAAUGCGGGCAGGCCACCUUGUCGGAGAUGUCAACGAGAAGCACGAGAGUGUGUCUUAGGAGAGAGUCAUCGAGGGGGACGGCGGGUAAGAAAGAAGCCAAAGCUUGACGGAGACGCCGCAUCGAAUGGUAGUCCCGCGCAAUCUCAGCCAUCGAAUCUCUCAACGCCAACAGGCCCAACACAGUACAGUCUCCUUCCGGGCCACAACACCCCCCAGCAAUCCCAACCUUUCAAUCAUUACGAUAAUCGACAAGAACCUUCCUUUGCCUGGCAACAUUCAACACCCACGAACGCGUCUGCGUCAGAUACCACAACUACCUCGAGGCAGACGGAACAAACGAAUAUUACAAGUCCACAAAGCAUUGCCGCAUAUGAUGAGCGUGCAGGAUCAACCCUUGAUCUGUCUACAAAACAUGGAGAGCGACCAGGUGUACAUGAAAACAUAGCAUCAGUGGAUCUCCAGAAUCCAUCAGAUGCACUUGAGAUAUUAGCGCAAGUUGCAGAUCGAGCAGAAGAUGGGGAUACUUUUGAGGCUGAGCAACAAGAAAUUCAGUCAAGUGAACCGAGGUCUGCCCCCGGGGGGCGGGAACCCGGUCCCCCGAAGAUGGAGGAUUACUUCCAUUACAAGCCUUUCCAGGAUGGUUUCAUAAGCCCGGAGAUGAUAUAUCAUUUGUUCUCGAAUUACGAACAGUUCUUCAAUCCAUAUUUCCCUAUCAUACCCCGCGAAACUUUUGAUCGGACGAGGCUUCCAUGGCUCUCACGUCACGAACCUCAUCUGUUUUCGGCCAUCCUUACUAUUGCAUCAAAAGAUGAUGAACGGGUGCACCAAGUAUGCUAUGAUCAUAUGCAGCAGCUGGUCUCCAUGAUUUUGGCUGGAGCAGAUGCAAAUGUGGAAGCGGUUGAAGCUAUGCUGCUCUUAUCUCAAUGGGUAUCUCACCGGCCGCAAGCUGAAAUUGCUGUUGGUCGAGGUGAAGAAGAUAGAGUCGCCUGGAUGUAUAUCGGUACGGCGCUGAGGCUUGGAUACUUUCUUGGGAUCGAUCGAACUUCGUUCAAAAAUUAUGGUCACGAGGAUGCCUCCAAGUUCAACCGGAUGCGAUUAGCUUGGUCGGCGUGUUAUAUAUGCGAUCGGCUAAUCUCAGUCCGUCUGGGAAAAGGGUUUUGGGCUCGAGGUCCCGGUCCACUGUCAGGCUUGAAGUCGGACGACUUCCCAACACUGCAACCCCGUUCGCCGAACGAGGAUAAUUGGGCUUUGAUCUUUCAGGCAAAUCUGGAAAUAACGCAGAUAUUUUCGAAUGUUCAUGAUAUUCUCUACUCGUCAAAGGGUCACGGCUGGAAGGAGAUGCUGGAGGGACGAUAUGCGAAGUAUUUAGAUGACUUCCGGACUAGCAUCAGAAGUUGGAAUGAUGUGUGGGGUACAUUAAUAUGUUCUUCUCGUUUAAAAGCAAGCUUGCUACUGACCUAUGACUAUCUAAGACUUUAUGUCAACGCCUUCGCAUAUCAAGCUACCAUAUCGCGUGCUUUGACGUUCCAGAGAGACAGCCAGCAUACUCCCAAUCGCCCCUUGCCUCUGAUUAACGCUUCGGCUCCAGACGCAAGAUUCAUCUAUGAAGCCCUGGAUGCAGCGAAGUCGUUGCUCUCAACAUUUAACAACUUUGUCGAACCCGAAACACUGCGCUACAUGCCAUCAUCAUACUACCUCUUCAUAAUCUACAGUGCCGUAUUUCUCUACAAAGCCAGAUCUACCACGACGAUGACAGAUGAAGAACGUACCGGUGUCCGCCGCAUGAUCAACCAAACCAUUGAUCGACUGCAAAAGUCUUCCGUAGGCGCAAAUCAGAUGGGCUCUCGCUAUGCCCGACUCCUGCAACUCCUCUGGCGCAAAGCACCCAAACCAGCCGAUCCUCGCAACAUGUCUACGCCGCAAGUUCCAGAUGACCGAUACAAACGCUCGGGAAUAAAUGCCUCGUCCCCUCAGCCGAGGUUUAACCCCAACCAGUUCAACAUGGGGGACAUAAACAGUGUUGGUAUGACACCCAGUGGGACAUUCAGUUGGUUGGAUCUAGGUGCGACUUGGAACUUUGCCACGCAGAAUAAUGGAAGUCAUAGUGUUAGUUCAGGGGAGGUGGAUGACGGGCUGCUGGAUACAGGAAUGAGUCCUUUUGAUAUGAGUUUGUUGACAGAUUACUCGCUGUUGGAGGGCGAUAAUCCGAAUUUGCUUUUCUAAUGUAGCGCGUAGCUUUAUGGGUGGGAGGGAAUUCCUGCGGUUUCUGGGCGAACAAAAGGUAUGGGGGUUCAUGAUCUGGCGCCCGGGUAGUAUGAGAAGGUUAAGUGGGA